AUGAGGACAAUCUGCAGAAACACCAACAAACAGGCAGCAAGAAAUCAGCAGAAGGGGAGCAAAUAUCAGUGGACUGACGUUGAUGUGGAGGAACUGCACAGAUUUCUGGGUCUCCUCAUCUACACCUCAUUGGUGACUCUGCCUAGUAUCCAGGACUACUGGAAACAAAGCCACAUAUUGUCUGUUUCAUUGCCAGCGAAGGUCAUGCCAAGAGACAGAUUCCGGUCCAUCUCAUGGAACAUCCACCUAAGUGAUCCAGAGGAGGAUGUCAUAAAUGACCAGCGCAAAGGUACACCCCAGCAUGACAAACUGUUCAGGGUCAAACCUCUGAUGGACGACAUUCGCACUGCCUGCCAGGCUCAUUACCAUCCUAAGAAGGAACUGUCAGUCGACGAGAGGAUGGUGGCUACAAAAGCCAAAACUGGCAUGACCCAGUACAUGAAGGACAAGCCUAACAAAUGGGGGAUCAAGCUCUUUGUGUUGGCAGAGUCUAACAAUGGCUACACUCUAAACUUCAACGUGUAUGUUGGGAAAGCACACACACCCAGCGUGCAUGGACUUUCAUAUGAUGCUGUUAUGGACCUCAUUCAGCCAUCACAUCUUGGUACAGGAUACCAUAUUUAUAUGGACAAUUUCAACACCAGCCCAAAACUGUUCCUGAGUUUGGGAAGUAUGAAGUUUGGAGCCUGUGGGACCUACAGAAGCAACAGAAAAGGGUGUCCUAGUGGCAGAGAAAAUGCCCUCACCAGCAAAUCGAAGAGGGGGUCUGUGAGAUGGAUCAGAGAGGAUCGCCUGGUCUUUGUGAAGUGGAUGGAUACGCGGGAGGUGUCGGUGUGCUCCACAAUCCACCCAGCGUUUUCGGGCGAGACAAUCAAGAGGAAGGUGAAGGAAGGACCUGGACGCUGGGUAGCAAAAGACAUUCCCUGCCCUACCCCCAUCAUGGCCUACAAUAAGUACAUGGGAGGGGUUGACCUGUCAGACCAGCUUCUCCAGUAUUACUCAACCCAUCGCAGAACUGCUCGCUGGUACCGUACCCUCUUCCUGCAUUUUUUGGACAUGGGAACAACAAAUGCAUACAUCCUGCACUGUGACAUCAGUGCGACCCAACAGGUCACACCCAUGACGCACAAGAACUUUGUGGCAGAACUUGUGGCCCAGCUGUGCGGAGUGACCCAGACAGGGGUUCCACUUCAAAAAAGCACCAGCCAUGUUUCUGUGGCCAUUGCCAAUGUUGCAGAGGCCAAAGACAAAGCCACAGCAGGCCGCAGGGUUUGUCAACGCUGUAAACAAGUUGACAAGAAGAGGUUUGUCACACCAUGGAAGUGCAAGGCCUGUGAUGUGGCUCUCUGUGUCAUUGUGGACAGGAACUGUUUUGAAGAGUGGCACAAAUAG